CGCGCUGCUUUACGAACCCAGAGCGGCGCCGCCCCGCCCCCUCCCCCUCCCAGCUUCGCCUCUCCUAGCCCGACGCUCCCGCUAUAAUCACGUGAUCGCCUCAUCCGGGUCCUUUGCGUUCUCUCUCCCUCUCCCAACAUGGCGGCCUCAGCAAAAAAGAAGAAUAAGAAGGGGAAAACUAUCUCCCUAACAGACUUUCUGGCUGAGGAUGGAGGGACUGGGGGAGGAAGCACCUAUGUCCCCAAACCAGUCAGCUGGGCUGAUGAAACAGACGACCUGGAAGGAGAUGUUUCAACCACUUGGCACAGUAAUGACGAUGACGUGUAUAGGGCACCUCCAAUUGACCGUUCCAUCCUGCCCACUGCUCCACGGGCUGCUCGGGAACCCAAUAUCGACCGGAGCCGUCUUCCAAAAUCGCCACCCUAUACUGCUUUUCUAGGGAACCUGCCCUAUGAUGUCACAGAAGAUUCCAUUAAGGAAUUCUUUAGAGGAUUAAAUAUCAGUGCAGUGCGUUUACCACGUGAACCCAGCAAUCCAGAGAGGUUGAAAGGUUUUGGUUACGCUGAGUUUGAGGACCUGGAUUCUUUGCUCAGUGCCCUGAGCCUCAACGAAGAGUCUCUAGGUAACAGGAGAAUUCGAGUGGACGUUGCUGAUCAAGCACAGGAUAAAGACAGGGAUGAUCGUUCCUUUGGCCGAGAUAGAAAUCGGGAUUCUGACAAAACAGAUACAGACUGGAGGGCGCGUCCUGCCACAGACAGCUUCGAUGACUACCCACCUAGGAGAGGUGAUGAUAGCUUUGGAGACAAGUAUCGAGACCGUUACGAUUCAGACCGAUACCGUGAUGGAUAUCGGGAUGGGUAUCGUGAUGGUCCACGCCGAGAUAUGGACAGAUAUGGAGGCCGGGAUCGCUAUGAUGACCGAGGCAGCCGAGACUAUGACAGAGGCUACGAUUCCAGGAUAGGCAGUGGCAGAAGAGCAUUUGGUAGUGGGUACCGAAGGGAUGACGACUACAGAGGAGGCGGGGACCGCUAUGAAGACAGAUACGACAGGCGAGACGAUCGGUCCUGGAGCUCCAGAGAUGAUUACUCUCGGGAUGACUAUAGGCGUGAUGAUAGAGGUCCCCCCCAAAGACCCAAACUGAAUCUAAAGCCUCGGAGUACUCCUAAGGAAGAUGAUUCCUCCGCUAGCACCUCCCAGUCCAGUCGAGCGGCCUCUAUCUUUGGAGGGGCAAAGCCUGUUGACACAGCUGCUAGAGAGCGAGAAGUAGAAGAGCGGCUGCAGAAGGAGCAGGAGAAGCUGCAGCGCCAGCUGGAUGAGCCAAAACUAGAGCGACGGCCUCGAGAGAGACACCCAAGCUGGCGAAGUGAAGAGACUCAGGAACGGGAACGGUCCAGGACAGGAAGUGAGUCAUCACAGACUGGGACCUCGGCCACAACUGGCAGAAGUAAGUCAGACCAGGAUGCACGAAGGAGAGAGAGUGAGAAGUCUCUAGAAAAUGAAACACCGAAUAAGGAGGAAGACUGUCACUCUCCGACUUCUAAGCCACCCAAAUCUGAACAGCCUCUGAAGGUAAUGCCAGCCCCUCCACCAAAGGAGAAUGCUUGGGUGAAGCGAAGUUCUAACCCUCCUGCCCGAUCUCAGAGCUCGGACACAGAGCAACAGUCCCCCACGAGUGGUGGAGGGAAAGCAGUCCCGGCUCAGCCCCCGGAGGAAGGACCAGCAAGGAGAGCAGAUGAAAACAAAGUAGAUGGGGUGAGUGUCCCAAAAGGCCACAGUGGGAACUCCAGCCGUGGUCCAGGAGACGGAGGGAACAAAGACCACUGGAAGGAGCCAGACAGGAAAGACGGCAAAAAGGAUCAAGACUCCCGAUCUGCACCUGAGCCAAAGAAACCUGAAGAAAAUCCAGCUUCCAAGUUCAGUUCUGCAAGCAAGUAUGCUGCUCUCUCCAUUGAUGGUGAAGAUGAGAACGAGGGAGAAGAUUACACCGAAUAGACCUCUGCAUCCUGUGCUUUCUCCUAGUCUCUCCACCCUGGAACAUUCGAGAGCAAAUCAAACCUCUAUCCAGACAAGACAAUAAAACUCACCAUCUCCUGGAGACCUUUCUUAACUUUUUUUUUUAAAAAAACAAAAAACAAAAAACAGUGAAAUGAAAUUCUUUUGCAUGCUGCUGCAGCCUUUAAAGUAUUGAACUAACUGGAGAAUCGCCAAUGUAGCCAGAGUGAGAGAGACGUACAGCUUUUAACAGAAAAGUUGUGCAUUUUUCCGACACAUGCAGUUGCUGUGUGAUUAGGGCCUGGGGGCCUCCAUUUAGCAAAACGGCAGCGGCAGCGGCGGUGGUGCCGAGUCUGGAAUGUGGGCAGCAGGGCAGGCUUCAGGAAGAGGGAGGGGCUGCCUCCCGAUUCUCACUGAUUCUCACUGAUUCUCACUCUCCUAGUGCGGCGUGCGGGAAUUCUCAGGCAUCCCCUGAAUACAUUUCCAUCCUUGGAAAGGUAGGUUUAGUCUCUGAAGUGGUUGUAGUCUCAGGAGGCUGCCUGCCCCCCUGAUUUAACUCUGAGUUACUGGGGGAAUUUCUUCACUUUUACCCCCGGGGGUGGUUGAGAGUCUGUAGGCCGCUGAAGAACAGGGCUGCUUGGUGACCAAAAUGAGCGGGAAAUCGUGGUUUAAAAAGAGGCGCUGGGGAAGUGAGAAGUAUCUUGCACCAGUGAUGGGGGGAAUGCCGUGACCUCCAGUGACCCCUGGGGCAGGGAGCGCUUCGGGGUCUGGGAGUCCCCAAGUCUCCUGUACAUCCCGGUUUUGCCGUCUCAGACACUGUCCUCCUGAAAGUUCACACGUACCCGCAUUCUGUUGGAAUCUUGAAGCUUUAAAAAACGUAGACUCUCGUCCCGGGCUUCCGAUCCUCGUGCUCUUUGCCGUCACCCCCCAGAAGCAGCUUCUGUUGAAAUCCCCCAAUCCAGGCGUUCUCUGUGCCCCCAGGAGCAGAGGCGAGCGCGGAGUCUCACUCCUCUCCAGCAGGUCAGGGCUCCUUGGCGUCUCGCGCGCCUUCCCUCCUCUCACACCUCAGAGCUAGGUGGGAGGGAGGGCAGAUUGUGAGCCGUUCCCGCCACCUCGAUGGGGCUUCUUGGUUCUGCUCUGACAAGGCUUCUCUCCACUCAAGUCCCACACCAGUGUGCGGUUGGGGCGGCUGUGGGGGUUUGGAGGGGUGUUUUAAGCUUCCCUUGAGAGAACAAAUGAUAAUGGGGAGAACCUAACCAGGGCCUGGUUUCUGCUGCAACACAGUAGCUUCACUUGCCUGCUUUUAUGUGCACCUUUGUACUGUCCGCCCAGGAGCCGGCGUCCUGAGGGGCGACCCCCUCCCCCCCUCCCCCGCCUCUUGUUGGCAAGGCCCCUGCCAUCGGUCCUGCUCGGCCCCUGCCCGGCCCUGCGGCGAGCGGGGUGGGAGUCUGCAGCAGAGCUAAGGAAUCCUUCACCCCGUGGACAGAAAAGACUUACCAAGUGGAGGGACUUUAAAUAAUUGGCUCGACUGGCCGGUAGCCAGGAAGUGGCUUUGAGAGAGAUACCCAAGGCUGAAAGGGUUUGGUUGGGGGUUUUUUUUUUGGUUUUUUGAACCAUUGAAAAGGUAGGUUUUGCCCUCUUCAGGUCUAUUUCCAAAUGGUUGUAUCCAAAAAAAACUUUUUUUUCCCACUCCCCACCUGUCCCCCUGUUGCCACAGAAGCAGGGGCCCUGUCCCGCUCCCUAAUACGUGUAAAAUUUGUACAAAAUAUCUUCUAUGAAAAUGAUUUGUAAUCUGUAGACUUAAUACCUGGGAGAUGUCUUGAGAUGUAAAAUCCCAUCCUUUGGGUUGUGGGGUUUUUUGUUUUCUCCAAAUAAAUCUGAUCUUUAAAGUUCA